AUGCGCAUCCGACAUGUUGCCGUGUGCAGCGGCUACGACGCAGAAAUCGUCCCGAGUGACGGAAAAGUCAUGUUCAUGGCCAGCAGGGUGCACGGUGGACUGCUCGUUCAUCCAUCACCUGCUGGCGCGGGCAUUGCCAAGGACGGCCCUCUCUCCUUCGUCCGGUUCCCCGUCCGCCCGGUUCCUCGUCCGCCCGGUUCCCCAUCCGCCCGUUUCCCCAUCUGCCCGCUUGCUGCUUGCCCGCUCGCCCUCGCCUCUCCCGCCUGCUCGCAUGCGAUCUUCCAUUUCCCUCCGAGUGCACGCCCGCUGGACAUGGACAUCCAUCUGCAGAGCUUCAACAUUCCCCACUUCCCGUCGCUUAUGAUCGCCAUGUCGAAGCCGGCCUAUCUGGCAAUCCUCGAGUAUUCGCCAACGAAGCCAAUCCUCAUCUUCGUUCCUAAUCGUUUCCUCAACAUCGAGGAGGCUGACCUUCAACCUCACCUGGACCAUAUCUCCGAUACUGGUUUGGUCGAGACCUUGAAACACGGUGUUGGGUACUACCUUGAAGCUCUGAGCAAACAAGACAAGAAGAUCGUCGAACACUUGUCCCAAUCCGGUGCCAUUCAAGUCCUGAUCGCUUCGAAGGACACUGCUUGGAGUCUCCCCGUGGCCAGCUACAUGGUGAUCAUCAUGGGCGUCCAGUUCUAUGAGGGUAAAGAACAUCGAUACGUUGAUUAUCCCGUCAUGGAUGUCCUACAGAUGCUCGGGCGUGCGUGUCGUCCCAUAGAAGACGACAAAAGCCGCUGCGUACUCAUGUGCCAGCAGACACGGAAGGACUUCUACAAGAAGUUCCUUGCUGAAGGCCUCCCGUCUGCCUACACACAUGCUCCACGACUAUUUCCUCGCCGAGAUCGCCGUGAAGACCAUCGAAAACAAACAGGAUCGCUUAAGGAACGCACGAAGAUGAAGGGUCCUCUGGAGGUCGUUGCCUCGUCCGCCGAGUUCGAAUCAAUACCAAUUCGUCGGCACGAGGACGUGCUGCUCCGGCGCAUCUAUGACCGCGUGCCCGUCAAGCUCGACCGCGCGGACUUCGAGGCGCCGCACUUCAAGACGUUCCUCAUGCUACAGGCGCACUUCUCGCGCCUACCGCUUCCGCCAGAUCUUGCGGCCGAUCAGGUGUUGGUGCUCGAGAAGGUCCUCAACCUGCUCUCGGCUUGCGUGGACGUCAUGUCGUCGAACACCUGGUUGAACGCCCUCAGCGCAAUGGAUCUGUCGCAGAUGUGCGUGCAAGCUUGCUGGGAGUCUGACUCUCAACUCAAGCAGAUCCCGCAUUUCGAGCCCGACGUCAUCGCGAGGUGCAAGGCCGCUGGCGUGGACUCAGUAUACGACAUCAUGGAGAUGGAGGACGACAAGUGA